GAGCAUAUGAAAGAAUCAAAACAGUUGAAUCAAUACUUCAAAUGUUAACAGACCGUGAAAUUCGUCUGGAAACUUUUAUUAUGGAGAAUACUGGUACAAGUGACGAAAUUACUUAUACAUUUUGGACAGCACCACGCUAUGCCCCAAUGUUCAGUACCCUUAUUAAUGUCAAAAUACAUACCCCUUUUCCAAAAAGUAAUGUCAUAAAGUCAUUAGCAAAAAAUUGCAAGAGACUGUCCUAUCUUGAUAUCAAUCUUCACGAUACCUCGGAUGAACGUGCUAGAGAAUCGAUCAAUUAUCUUGAGGAAAUCAUCUCUGCCCAGAAACGAUUUUUGAAUCUUCGGUUGGUAUUUCCAAACGGACCCGGGAAUAUGCUUAUCAAAGCAUUUCAAUCCUAUCUCGAAUAUUUUCAACGACUUGAACUUGUGAAAUGGAACUUUUCCGGGUGUGAUUGGAGUUGGUUAAAUAAUUGUUCAAAUUUGAUCGAAUUUGCAAUUACAACUCCUCCACCUCAAGUCAUUAAAAUUUUUGGUACAGGGUAUGAAACUCAUCGCUCAAAACCAUCGAAAAAUUUAAAGAUUUUAACUACACAUUGGCAUUUUGACAAAGGUGAAGAAAUUUCUUCAAUGCCAAAAUUUUACUUUCACUCUGGUAAAUCGUUAAUCCCGCCAGAAUCUCUUACUGUAAUCAAUCAACCAAAGAAAAAACGCUAUAGUUAUUUAGAUGAUUAUGAUUAUCCUUAUAAUUUUGUGGAUAAUCAUGGUUAUCUUGAUUGA